AUGGCAAACAUAAACGAGACAUCUACUACAGAUUUCAUUCUCUUGGGCCUCUUCCCUGAGAUCCAAUAUGCCAGCCUCCUGGUCUAUCUCAUCCUUCUGGUCUACCUCAUUACCCUCACAGGGAACUCCAUCGUCAUCUUUCUGAUCUGGGGGAACUCCCACCUUCAUACUCCCAUGUACUUCUUGCUCAGCCAACUUGCCAUCAUUGAUUUGUUCUACAUUUCCAGCUCGGUUCCUAAGAUGGUCAUCAACCAUUCUUUAGGGAAGCACAGCAUCUCUUGCAUUGGCUGUGGAGUCCAAAUGUUCUUCUGUCUGACUCUAGGUGGCGCUGAGUGUCUCCUCCUAACCUUUAUGUCCUAUGACCGAUUGGCUGUCUGUAACCCCCUUUGCUACUCAAUCAUCAUAAAUCCUAAAGUCUGCUUGCUAAUGGCAGUGGCAUCAUGGACUGGGGCUUCUCUAAAUUCACUCAUUCAAACCAUCUACACCAUGCAUUUUCCUGUCUGUGGACUGAAGAAAACAAAUCACUUCUUCUGUGAGAUACCAGCCAUCCUGAAGCUAUCCUGUGAGGACGCUUCAGAUUAUGAGAUGGUGUUGUUUAUGGUAAGUAUGAUAUUUAUAUUCACCCCCUUUAGCUUAAUAAUGACCUCUUAUAUUCAAAUUUUCCUCACUGUUCUCAAAAUAAACUCUCCUGAGGGAAAGAAAAAAUCCCUGUCCACAUGCUCUUCUCACGUUAUUGUAGUGAGUCUCUACCUUGGACCAGCAAUAAUGGUGUACCUGACACCUGGCUCUUCCCUCACCCCAGGCCUGGAUCAAGGUCUCUCGAUGAUCUAUACUAUCCUCACUCCCAUGCUGAACCCUUUAAUUUAUAGCCUUAGAAACAAGGAUGUUGUGGGGGCUUUAAAGAAGACCCUGGUAAAGUACCUAAUAUCAAAAUAG